ACACCGCUGCUUAUCUGCUACAAAUGAAAUACAGGCGAAGGUACAUAAAUUGUUUAGCGGCGGACGAGAUGGGUGAAUCCUCUUCGGUUGAGAAUGAAUUUGAUGACUGGUUUAUCGAGUCUUUGAAAAUAUACAAUAAUAUUCACGAGUAUCAACUUGAACAUCCUACAAGAGUAAUUGAAUGGACAUCAGAAAAAACUAUAUGUGUUGCAGGUUACAGUUCAGAUAAAAAUGAAAUUUUAGAGUUGCUUUUGCCACUGAAACUUUUCGCUGAUGAAAAUCAGGGUCUUUGUGCAGAGCGAGAUUUCAAAGUGGUCCAUGGAGGUUUCUCAGAUGGCUCCAUUCAUGGCCUCAAACACAUUCCAGGAACAAGGUGUGUCGUUACCAAUGAUGGCUUCAACUCCAAUCUCCAGGUGUGGGACUUAGGAGGAGACGAUUGUGAUGUCAUAAAGAGGACAGGAGUUUUACAACUGAAGAGUGCAUCAUCAGAUAAAGGUGUCAAAAUAGCCCCUGGGUUAACUGGAGCCCCAUGUGUUCUUCAUGGCUCUCAGAUCAGCGAUAUUCAACUGACUGAGCUGACGUCAGGGAAGCCACUCUACUCUCUGGGGAAGGACAUUCCAGAUUUACUAAGCUCCCUGCAAUUUGUGAGUGGCAGUGUAUUUGUCGCUUGUGCCUGCAAUGGUGACCUGUAUGUGGGGGACACACGGAAGCCUUCCGCUCUUCAGAAUAACCCAGCUGGAGGGAGAGAGGGUGCCCACUGGUGUAUGGGUGUUAAGACAGACCUGUCCUCAUUAGACCCAUCCUCCUGUAGUGUAGCACGGCUCUCCACCUCCUGCCAAGUGGUUGUGUCUGAUCUAAGGGACCUAAGAGCCCCCUUGUGUCAAGCCCAGCUUCAUGUUCAAAGGAAAACUACUGGUGAUGACUUCAUGAAGGUGACAUGGGCGCCUGCUUUAGACAACUGUCUUGCUGUGUCAGGUUUUGAUGGAAUGGUGCAAAUCUACGACACUGCCUCUUGGAGGCCAGAGUUGAUGGAAUUCCAGCCUCUUUUUAUCCACCGAGGUCACAUGAUGUCCGAUGAUCAGUUUGACACUUCAUCAGCUGUGGUCACCACUCAUGUUUGGCAUCCAAGUCGACCCAGGACUGUCCUCUCUGCUGCUGUAGACGGGUCUGUGCAUGUAUGGGACUGGGUCGACAAAGCCACUGCCAGCUGUUGACAUUCAAACACACUUACAGCUCAAUGUUAAUCAUUAUCCAGCUUUGGACCUUGCCUGAAGUCUACAUGUUCUUUUCAUUAUGUAAGGAAUAUGUAAAGCACUAUUUGUGAUAAGAUGACAUGAAAAUGACACUUGUUCGUCUUCCCAUCCUUAUGAGUAGUUGUUAUUCCCAUACUGUACACACAUUUACAUGGAAGGGGUAUUCUGAGUUUGUACUAUUAUAUUUUGUAAGAGACAUUUGAUAACAUUUUCAUUAAACUGAUCUCUUCAUGUACCUGAUAAAUAAGACAAACCCUGGACAAUGAACCUAAAGGUGGACGGCAGUAUCACUUGCAUCGCGUUUUCUUCGCUCACAAUAUGUCAAUCAAAAAGAUAAACACAGCCUGUUAGAUUUUUUUACAUUUUAUUUUCAAAAGAGAGCACUGCAUGCCAUUCACAUGAAUGAUUAACAAUGUUUUAAUGCAUCUUCUGCAUAGCCACAGAUGCAGGCAGGAUAGUAAUGUGGAGGUAGUUGAGGCAGGACUACUAUUGUAGCAUCAUUUAGAGAUAAGGAACAUAUUCAAUUAAUUUUGCACAUUGGAGUUAUCACCUGUGCAUUAGCAGGCACUACAGAGAGGCUCACUGUCAGUGCAUUACAUAGGGUCUGAACAACAUACAUUUAACAAAAAAAAACAUUUACAACUUAACUAGUCAUACAUUUACAGUGCUAUGAGGACUGUUUGUGAACUGUCCAACAUAAGAUAUAAAGUGCUUAAAGACAGGAAUGGAGUGUGGGUUUAGGAAACCAAUGCAGUUUGAACAGAUGAGUCACAGUAGAUGAGCAUGCACUUGAUGAUACAGGGAUGUCUGUUCAUUCAAUGGGGCGCAUGACUUAAAUUAACGCCUGAGGAGCAGAGGCUUGUGGGUGGUUGUCUUCAAAGUGUGCUUGGCAAACAUAAGGAAUUGCAUGACUCUACAUUGAGGUGAAAGGAGUUACAUUGUACAACUGCAAGUAAAAGUAUGCCAUUUAAAUAGACCACUGCUUAGAGAUUAGCAUCCGAUGACAGCAUGCAUUGCAGUCCAUACAUUCAGACUUCAUAAAAUGAUCACAUCUACAUAUUAUAUUACAUUUGAUCUAACUAUGAUCGCAUUUCAAUAAA